GACUCGGGUCAACUCAAGUGACUACCGCAUGCAUGGUCGCUCUUCGUUGUCUUUACACUUUGAUGCCACUAAAAAAAAGUCGCAUAAAUUGAUUUUGUUUAUUUUUAUAAUAAAAGUUGUUUUAAUUUUUAUAUAGGAAGGUUGAGCUUCUAGAAAGAACUAAUAUAGCGGAUUUUCGAAAUUCCCAUGUUUGAGCAGCAAUCCAAAAGUCAAGAUUAGCCGAUGGAACGGAGGCAUGUCGGCAUGUUUCGCGGUUGUGAACCUUUUGAACGGUCUCAUUCGCCAAAAUGCCGCAUUUUGCAGGAACAAAUCUACCUCGACAAUCUACGCGCUGUCAUCGGGUGCCGUGAGGAGUGCCCUAGCUACAAUAAGAGUCUCCGGUCCCAACACAGCGAGUGUGCUUCGCCGCAUGGCACGAAUAAAACGAGCUGCUCCACGAAAAGCCCUCCUUCGAAGACUGAUCCACCCGAAGUCCGGGGUCCAUUUGGACACUGCGAUUGUCAUUUGGUUUCCAUCACCACGGAGUUACACUGGCGAAGACUGCUGCGAGCUUCAUGUGCAUGGCGGUGCAGCCGUGGUUAAUGGUGUCCUGAAGGCCCUUUCCGAAAUGGAAGACCUGCGACAGGCGCAGCCAGGAGAGUUCACCCAGAGGGCUUUCCUCAACGGCAAGAUGGACCUCGCGGAGGUUGAAGGUCUUGCCGACCUUCUGCAGGCCGAGACAGAAGCGCAGAGGAUGCAAGCGCUGGCGCAGAUGGAAGGGAACCUCAGCAAGCUGUACCGUGGCUGGAUGGACAACCUAAAGAAGUGUCUCGCCAACAUUGAAGCCUUCAUUGACUUCAGCGAAGACCAGGGCAUUGACGAAGCGAUUCUGGGCUCCGCUGCAGCCCAGGCGGAAAGAUUGGCGAAGGAAAUCCAGGACCACCUUUCGGACGGGAGAAGGGGCGAGUGGCUGAGAAGCGGCGUGAAGGUCGCCAUUGUUGGCAGGACCAACGUUGGAAAGAGCAGCCUCUUCAAUGCCCUCUGUCGGAGGGAUGCAGCGAUCGUGUCUCCGAUUGCGGGGACGACGCGCGACGUCGUCGAGAGUCCACUGGACAUUGGAGGCUACCCCGCGGUGUUCUGCGACACGGCGGGCUUACGGACCAGCAAGGACCCCGUGGAGACGGAGGGCGUCCUUAGGGCACGGCGAUGGGCGUCCGCCGCGGACCUGGCUCUAGUCGUGGCGGAUUGCAGGGAGCUACUUUGUGCCGACGGGGCGGACAGUUCCGUGGAGGCUCAUCUCGACCAAUUGGGCGUGGAGCCGUGCCCGGGAGGCCUCCUGUUCGUCGUCAACAAGACGGACCUCCUCUCCCAAGAGGACAGAGCUCUGCUCCGGGAGCGACUUGCAGGCGGCGAGCACGACUGCGUCUUCACUUCCUGCGCGACGCACGAGGGGAUAGCGGACUUGGUCGCGAGACUCGCCGCCAAGUUGGAGGCAAUGUGCAGAAACCCCGCAGAUGCCAGCCCGGCACUGACUCAGGAAAGGCAUCGGCACCACCUCCGGCACUGCCUCGAGAGUCUCGGGCGGUUCGGCUCCCAUGUGCAUGGCGACGUCGUGGUGGCGGCCGAGCACCUACGUCUGGCCUUGGCGCACCUCGGCAGGAUCACGGGCAAGGUGUUCUCGGAAGAAAUCCUGGAUGUCAUCUUCAAGGACUUUUGCAUCGGAAAAUGAAGCGGCUUUCUAAGGAAGCCAGAGAUGCGACUGCGUGUGCGGUCCGUCGCGGUUUAGGCAAAGCGGGACGAGCUGAUCACACUAAGCCUUCCCCUCUUUGCACUUUAGCGGAGCAGUCGCGGGGCAAAAAUCGGUCUUCACACAUCGAACAAAGUCUGCAGCACUUGUACUGUUUAUUUCGGUCUCCGGUCAUGUCCAAGAUAAGACUUGGACCAAAUCUAUUUUCACGAUGUACGAAACAAAAGUGACUUAUCUCAGUCAGUUCUUCGUGGUCGUUAGAUAGAUACAAACUGGGACGUUACUCCCCUACCGCAUAUUUAUUUUAAAAAAUUGAAAAAUAAACCGCAGCACUGUGAAGACUGCAGAAUGCUCGCAAUGGUGUCCAUCAGUGAGUGUGGUAUGUUGAUAAUGAUAUUUAUUUGCGCUUAAUUAGAGAUGCUGGUGACGGCAGAGAUUGAAGGUCCAUGCCAAAGGCCCGCAGCACCAGGUUUCGCUGUUGCCUUAUGAUACUUGAGGCCACACUCCAAUGAGCCAGCCGCUAGGAUCCUGUGGAUGCUUCAGCAUCGAUAACUGGCAGAAGACAUGCCGCGUGACUGUUGAUAAGUACCACUUAACAGUGACCGUGUUGCUAGCAAAAAUACUUCCCUGUGCCUGUUAACAAAGUUGACAAACCGCAGUCAUACUAGCACCCUGGAGAGGCGACAUUGUACUGAAUGGUGCAAUUAUUUUUUGUGCAUGGGGCUGGGGCAGUUAAUAGAUACAUUCACUUUGUAACCGCCACCUCGUCAACUAGAGUAGUUAGUUGGCACAAGGCAUCUUAUUUUGUUGUGGAAGAUGCACCGUAAGAGUUACUUUUCAAAAGUAAUUAAGAUAACAGCUACUUGCCUGAAAGGUAACAAAUGUGCAUGAUUACAGUUACUACUCACAAAACGUAAUCGAGUUGUACGUUCUAGUCAGUUUUCGAAUGCCCAAUACAUCAAGGUGUGCUCUGGUUCGUGAUCAAGAGUUAGUAGUUUUGUUUAUAAUUACCACUCACAGUACAGCUUGAUGCGGUGACAACAUAUAGUGUUUACGUUGAGCCUAAAUCAGUGCGACUACUGUACUUGUUAGGACUUAAAUUGAAAGCUACUCCAGAAAUGUGCCUACUUUACAGUUUAGAUAUGAAACAAGAGUUUGCUUUUUAAACGAAAAGAAUGAACGGUUUCAUCCUUCUCCCGUUUAAUCUUUCCACGCAGGCAUUUAACAUGUUCCGAGUUAAAAAGAAUGUUGCUGAGGAUCUUUGGUGCAAUUGAUUUUUAAAAAAAACAGGGUAAGCCCAGGAGAACUUCUCUUCCUCCCUUUUCUGUUUCCUUUAAGUCCGACUUUAAAUUAGUCCACAACGUUUGACCUAACAUGUGAAUUAGUCCACAUCACCUUAAAGGGACACUCCAAAAGAACAUGUAUAAAGCUAAAAGUUUUCCUAGUCACACCUUCUUAGUAGAAUAGUCUCGUGCUGCAAUCCAAAGCUUAUUUUCUCCCGAUUUAUUUAAAGUGGGUUCAAUCCGUUUGAUGCACGCCAUGAACACCUUUCUGGCGUUAGUCACCUAGGCAUGCCACUGGGCACUGGACGCACACACGGCAUAGAAUAUUUCACGUAAGAGAGCAGCUGCGAAUGUUCAAAAUGCAUUCCACAGCCCAGCUGAUGAAGCUGGCAAUGCGCAGAAGGCGACCGUUGCAAUGGUCUACAUAAGGUGGCCCCGCAACAACGUUCUGCAUUCUGUCAAGUUGUCCUCAUUAUCGGAAGCUCCAUUUGUGGGCCCUACACGGACUUGCUCUGCUGAUGGCCAAGUUACAAGUCCCAUGGCAAUCCCCCAAUUGAAUCUUAAUGGCAAUAGAGCAACUGAAAGAGGUAAGGGGGAUUAGGAACAGGAAAUCCUAAACAACGAGUUCACACUCAUUUUGAGGACGCGCUAGGCAGAAAGACCCCUUCCCAAGAGAAGGUCGUGACAACGUAUCACUGCCAGGGCUGCACACUGAGGAAAAAAAAAAACAAAGACGUUGAGAUGAGAAGACUUUAUAUCAAAUUUUCGGAAAUUGUGUCGAGCCUGUCGGAACCAAAAUGCGCAAGAUCUGGCAGGCUCGAGCCGACUCUCGGAGACGGAAACAAGUAGUCCGGACAAAUCCAGUAACACCUGCCCCAGUGCACGAGGAUCCGUGCAGACACGUCUUGUGCCGACCUCACACCUCCGUUGACUAGCUCCAAAAGAAGUUCUUAUGUACAAGAAGAAAA